CUUGACAAAAUCUGUAAACAAGACAAAAGCACGCAAGCAUGAUGAACGGGUUGCAUCUGGACUGGGGGUAGCACCGAACAGAUAUCUUGUCAGACAUACAGAAUAACAAGGAGAGGCUUCACAUAAAGUAUUUAUUAAGACAUCAUGAAUUCACAAGGGCGUACACCAAACCCCACGAAAAUUUAUGAAGUGAAACAAAGACCCAAUUCGGCCAAACGAUGUUUGCAGACUGUCAUAUGCGAACAAAAAUAUAAACCUCACAAGACAUAUGCCAAGGCAGUAGUAGUGGUAUGCGACGUAAAUUGUAAAGAAAGAGUUAAAUCUGCCUGUAAUCUAGGAGAGAAAUCUAUGCCUAAACUAGCUGAAGUAAAUUUGUAUUCUAUGAGAAAUGAACUCGACUUGUUGUAUCGUAGGGUUGAUUCUAUCAUAAGGGAUAAAAAAGCUGAUCAUAACCAGGUUUCAAAUUGUGCUGCUGACAUGGUUCAAAGGCUGUACGAUCGUAAGAUUUUAAGGAGAGACGAUGCCUUGAAAAUUAAAUUCGAUGACCAGCUUACACCAAAACGAUCCUGUUCAGCUAAUCCAAGGCGAAAGGAUUCACCGGACACCUCAGCCAACAGGUACAAAUCACAAACAAGAUUUUCGCGUAGAGAUUCAUAUGAGCAUGGUGGAGCCAAGGUUACUCUUCAGGUCAACAAUGUGGAAGAUGAAAAGCACCCAUAUAAGCCAAAAAGACCUGACGAUUUGGUCAGUCAAAAAUUGUAUGUAGAAAAUGUAGAGUUGAAAAAAGCUGUAAAUGAUUUGGAGAAAAAACUAAACCAAUUAGAGGAUUCUGUUCAAAGGAUGAGAUAUUUUGAAGAUAAUCUCCAAGAUUCAAAGUUAGAAAAUAUUGACAUGCGGAAAAAACUUGAUGGUGUCAGUCAAAAAUGCAGGAAGCUUGAAAAAAAGAAUAGUGAACUACUUCAAUUGAAUGCUUUGAUAUCACAGCAAGCAGAAGCUCAUUUUAAGGCAUCAAGGGGUACACAGGAUGAUAUUUUAUACAAGGUACAAGCUGAACAAUACCAGAAUGAGAGGAAUAUGGCAAGAUAUGAAAACCACAAACUCAAAGAAGAUUUAGAAAAGUUAAAACGGAUGGAAACUGACGAAAAUAAAAACGUUCUUUUAAAUUACGAUAAUGUUAAACUAAGAAAGCAAAACCAAGAUUUUUGGGCAGACAUAGGUAUUCUUAAAGAAAAUCUCCAGAAACUAGAAAUGAAACUAGCCACUUCAGAAGCUAAUAUUGACUUCAUGGAGGAAGAAAGAACAGCAUUAAAGAAUACGAUUGCGAAUCAAAAGAUGCAGAUUCUUGAAAUACAGACCAGAGCUGAUGAAAAUACUCGAGAUGCGAACAUUGCUAUUUCUAAGUACACAGAUGAAGAAAUUCGAUAUAAAAAAUCAAGUAGUGAAGCUAAGGCAGAAAUUGUUAAUAUGCAAAUGGAUAAAGAAGAAUUACAAUCAAUGUUGCAAAAGCAGAGAAAAAUUAGUAUAGAUGAAAAGCAAAACAGUGAAAAAUUAAUAAAUACCAUGGAGAAAAAGAUAAAAGAAUUAGAAAAAGAAAAGAAAAGAGGUGUUGAAAAUACUGAAACAUUAAACAAAAGAAUAGCUGAAUGUGAAAAACAACAAAAGGAAGUAGUAGAGUUGCAGAGGGAACAAGAUGACAUUAAGCGAGAGGGAAAAUCCAAUCUUAAACUGAAGAACGAAAACAACAGCUUACGUGAAGAAAUUUUUGAGAUGGAAAAUAAGCAUGCCACGGAAAUAAGAGAACAUAUUAAUGUGGUACGACAGUACAAGAAUAAGAUUGUUCAUUAUAAAGAAGAAAAAGAUCGAGCAAACAAAAAAGUAGAUAAUCUUCAACAUGACUUAAAGGAUGCAUCAGAUAGGUUAAAAGAGCAAGAAGCAAUAUCUAAUAGACAGAUGGCUGUUCAUGAAGCUAAUAUAAGAGAUCUUCAGAAACAACUUUCAGAGACAGAAAGCACAAGGUGGGAAAAUGCAAGGUACAUGACUGAGGAUUAUCAAAAGGAGGAACUGGUCAAUAAAAAUGAGGAAAUAGCAAAAUUGACAAGAAAGUUGUAUUCCAUGGAAGAGGAAUUAGAAUUAUGUAGCAAAACCAAAAGAUUACUGGAAGUCAAAAAUGAAGAUUUGGAGAUAAAGUUGAAAGAGGCUGUUAACCAACAUUUUUCUUUAGAGGGAAGAUUAUCAUCUACGAAUUUUAAACGAUUAUCAGAUAUUGAGAAGGAAAAUGUCAGUUUAAAGGAAGAGUUAUCAGUCACAUUGAAUUGUUUAAAUAAAGAAAGACAAGAAUUUAAAAACCUAGAAAACAGGUUGGAAGAGGAUGAUAGAAAGAUGACAGACGUUAUUAAAAAUCUUAAAAGUGAAAAGGAUAUUUUGGAAAUCGACAACACCACCUUAAAAGGUCAAAUAGAGAAGUUACAGGAGCAGUGGAAUCGUUUUAAAUCUCAGGAAAAUAUGAAGCAUGAUUUCUCAAGGAAAGAAACUAGUAGUCUUAAUGAGCAAAAAUUGCAACUUGAACAAGACAAAAGGCUGUUGAGAGAAAAAAUAUAUACCUUGGAGAAACAAAAUGAAAAAUUAAAUGAAAGAAUGAAGAACACAGAAUCUGAUACGAAAAAGGUUCAACAGUAUCAAACAGAAAAUGAGAGAUUAAAAAAAUUAUAUGCUUCACUAAAGUCAGAUUUUACAACUUUGGAAGCAAAGUUAGAAGCAGAAAGUACAAUAAGAUUGAAUAAAGACAAGACUCUAGAAAAUUUGAAAGAAGAAAAUAAUCGUCUAAAAAAAGAGAGAAACACAGCAAAGACUGAAUUGCAAACAGCGACUAGAGAAAGGGAAAAAUUGUCUGAAGCGUUACAAACAGAAAAAUAUUCUGGAAAAGCAGAGCUUAAUAACCUGAAGACAGAAAAAGCAGAACUUAUUGCAGUAUUUAAGGAAAAAUCAAACAAAGACAAAGAAAAAAUGGACAAGCUAGAAAGAGAAAAUAAAAAUCUUCAUUCAACAUGUUCAAGAUUUACAUCAGAUGAAAAGGCAAACCAAAACAAUGCAUAUGAAUUCAUGCAACUUAAAAAUGACAACGAGAUAUGUAAGAAACAGAAAUUACAGCUUGAGGAAGAUUUAUCAGAUGUAAACCAUGAUUGUGAAGACUUAGAAAGAAAAUUGAAGGAAACUGAAAAUCACAACAGAAAGAUUAGUGAAGAAUAUGAAGGAAAGCUAAAACAACUCAAGACGCAGAUACAGAUUUUGGAAUUUAAAGAAAGCACAUUAAAGAGAGAAGGUAUGCGAUGCAAAAAUUGUGAAGAAUAUGAACAGAAACUGGCAAGGUCAAGGCAAGAAUUUGAAGCUCUUCAGGACAGAUACAACAGUGCUAGAGCCACAGGACUUGAAGCUGAGAGGAAUGUUCAAGAACUCCGUGAACAAAUUGAAGAAGAGAGAAAAAACAUAAAAGAAAUAUGUGGAGAAAUGAAAUCUUUAGAAAAUGAGAAAAACAAAAUAGAAAGCGAAUUAAGACUAAAGAAAUCCUCAUUUGAAAAGGAAAGUGGAGACAUUAUCAGUCUUCGCACAGAGAAUGCAUCAUUGAAGCACAGGUUGAAUAUUGCUUUACAUUCCCUAGAAGAGUUAGAAAGGAAUAAGGAGGAAUUGGAUAAAUUAAAGGAAAGACUACUUACAGACGAAGAAAAGAUUAUGUACAGCAAAGAAGAAAAAAUUGGUAUACAGAAGGAGAAUAAAAAACUAAAAGAAGAUGUUCAGAAUUUAUUAAUUCAACUUAAAGAAUCCGAAUCCAGGUUACAAGAAUAUGCAGCAGAACUUGAAGGAAUACCGUCAACAAAAAGAAGAAUAGAAAACCUACAGACAGACAAUGCAGAGUUAGAGAAAAGAUGUAGACACAAGGAUGGCUUAUUGCAAAAUGCUGAUUCAAAUGCACAAAAAAUGAAAAAGGAUAAUCAGCAAUUGCACACUCAAAUGAUUUCUCAAAAACAGAAUUAUGAUACGCUAAAUAAUAAACUUGAAUCCUUAAAAGACAAGAAUUUAGAACUUGAGGACCGACUAAGACGGCGUUCUCCUGUAGUAGUAGCUGACCCAAAGAAUUGCCAGAACUGCUGGAAGUAUAGGAAUGAUAUAUCUGAUCUGAAGAGAGAAAUCAAUGACUUAAGGGACAGAUUAAGUGAAGCUGCUGGCAAUAAACUAAGAGAUAACAAUCCUAACAUUGCUGACUUAAGUGAUAUGAACCGUCCAACUUCGUUAGCUGAGAAGUUUUCUUCAUUAUAUACAGAUGAAUACACAGAUGCUAUGGAAGUUAUUGAAGAUGAUAUGGACGAGGCAGCUUCCGUCAAGGUUAUGUUACAGUGGUUACAGAGUUGUUAUAGUUGGUGUCAAAAAUUAGCAAAAGAACAGAGAGAUACCUUGAUAAACAAAUCUAUUGGAUUCAUGCAGAAUCAUGGUGGACAGAAUGUAGUUUUAUCAGACAGAUGUCUUAUCUUUGUGAAGGAGUUUCAGAAGAAAAUAGCAGUAGAGAGUUUGGUUGUUGUUGGACAGAUAUGUCAUGUGAAGAGUGUUACACAACAAACUUUAUCCAGUGAGGAUUACAUUGUUAAAUAUAUCAAGAAAUGUUCUGAACUCUGUUGGAUGAUGCAGAUAUCUGAUCCACCUCUAUAUUUGAAUUUUGGUGUCAAUUCAGGAGAAAACUUAAACAAAAAUGACUACAAUGUUUUUACAAAAAGUGGCAGCAAAAUCGAUUAUUUAGUGUGGCCUGUUUUAUAUCUACACAAAACUGGACCAAUGUUGGCUAAAGGUGUGGCACAGGGGAAAUAAGAUAUGAUGUGAUAAUGUUUUGUAGUUUGUAGGAUUGUAUAUUAAUGGAAGUAAAUAUUUGUGUGUGGAAAACAAAUUGGUAAAUGCAAAAAGUAUAACAUGAUUAUUGCGUAUCAUGUGGAAAAUAUUUGACCAUUUGAAAGUUAUUUGUUUUAAAACAGAUAUGCAGGAUAGAUAGAAAUAAGAAGAUAAGAAGAAAAGGAAAAAAAAAUAAAAAAAAUUUGAUUAUGAAAAGUCAAAAGUCCAAGGUUUUUAAAAAAAAGUUUAUUAAAUUAUGUAUCUAGGUUAACAUAGAAGUGAGGUUUCUUUUUUAUAAAAUUUAAUGAAAAAAUGUAUUGAAAUCCUUUCAUGGUAUGUAAAUAAGAAUGAUAAAAAAAACCAGGGCUGAUACCAGUGGGCAACUGGGCAAAUAAUUUCACUUUCCUUUCUUUGGCUGAUAAAAGGGAAAUCAUAUUGCUCUGGAUCCCAAUCAGUUGUACUCGUCAUGGAUUCAUUUUAAUUUGUUUUUUUUUUCGGAAAAAAAUGUUUAUCACUUCAUUUUCCCAUGAUUAUUUUACCCUUGAUAAACGUUUGAUGGAUUUAUUAUUGUUAAACGUCCAAUAGAAAAUAUCACAUGCAUAUCAGGACAAGACCAUGUUUAUGUUGUAAGAACAUUAACCCUGCUUUUUCCUAGACCUGCAGGUUUGUAAUGUGCUAUUUCACAAGGUUACAGUCUGCAGGAUGACAUGUAACCCUACCGGACACAUUAUUCUGACUCAGACCAGACAAGUCUCAGCCUAUAUAGCAAAGAAGGAUAGAGCUACUAAUUUUUAAGUCUGCUUUGACCUGGAUUUGAAUCAAACCCACCUCUUGGACUUGUGGCGAACAUCCUACCAUGGUAAGCCAUCAAUUUGAAAGUGAUUAAUAGAAAAGAGAAUGGACAUGUGCAGGAGGAAUGUGUCAGAGACAACAACCCGAUCAAAGAGCAGAAAACAGCCCAAGGCCACCAAUGGGUCUUCAACGCAGCGAGAAAAUCUCCCACCAGGAGGCGGGUUUAAGCAGGCCCCUAAAAAAUAAUGUAUACUAGUUCAGGGAAAUGGACGCAACACUUAGCUCUGAAAUAUACAAAUAAACCAAAAUUAAAAUAACACACAAGAUAAACAAAGUGAAGAGGUUCCUGACUUGGGACAGGCACAAAAAUGUGUUGGGGUUAAACAUGUUUUUUGAGAUCUCAACCCUUCCCUUAUACCUGUAGCCAAUAUGGAAUAAACAAACACACAGCAAUACGCACAAUAAAACUCAGUUUAAAAGAAGUCCGAGUUGGUGGUUGACACAUUUUUGGAGUAUGAAUUCUUCAAUUCUUUUCCAAGCAACAUCUCCAUAAAUGUUUUACUCACAGUGCCUCCAGGAAAAUUCAGUAAUAGUUUUUUUUUCAAAAUUGAAAUGUGCAUCAGACGCGAAAACAGACAGCAGUAGGAAUCUUUACUUAUUUGAUAAUACCAACACACUUAUAUAUGAAUGAUCUGAUGGAAGAAUAAAACAUCCAACAUGAAAAGAACAUACACAAAACAUGUAUUUAGGAGUGUUGUCAGAAUUGUAAGGUUACAUGUGUAUAUAUGACAUUUCUAUUGAGCAAUUCUUUGUUGAUACACAUAGCAUAAGACUGUGAUAAUAAUAUUAGUGUAUUAGAAUAGAAUAGUUAUUAAACAAGGAUUUAUAUAUGAUUUGUAUUGUCAUGUUGAUUCAUCCAUGAAGAUAGCAUAUGAUCUUCACUGCUGACAUAUAUAAGAGAUAUUAAUUAUAUAGAGUCAUUUAUUCUCUUCUAACUUGACAAGAGUAUAGUAUUUUCAAAAUUAAUGUAACUAUCAAGAAAAGAGAUAAGUUUUGUAUCUCAUGGUUUGCUAUUGUUUAAUUUGUGUUUUAAAAGAUUUUAAAAUUCUAUGUAAGCUGUAUUUUAAAUUUUGUCUGGUAAUCCCAUACCAGCAAAAAAAAAACCAACAUCUAUGUUAAUUUACUGAAUAACAGUUUUUUUUAAGUUUAGUCUGUUUCUUGACAAUUUUUUUCGUAAGCAAAGUUACCUAUUUUCUUAGGUAUUGUUAUGUUAUCAUGAUUAUUAUUAAAAAGGCAUGGCUAACAAUACUUUAAUUACUACACAACAUAAAGGAAUCAAGUGAUUUUUUUGUCAGUCUUUGAAUAUUUUUUCUAUUUAUAACUGUUUAGACAAGAUGAUGGAAGGUCAAUUUAACAUCUAAUUUUAACGCAUUAUUGCAAAAUAUGACCCUAUGAAAGAUUUUGUAGAUUGUAUUAUGAAUAUUCAUGAUUCAUAUAAUUUUUGUCAAAUUUUUUUACUUUUCACUUUUCUCCUGCAAUCUGACCAGUUUCGAAUUUACGAAUCAUAUUUCGAAAUGAAGAUUAAUCAUCUGAUUGCUGCCUAACAUGAACGUCUUUCCUAUUAAAUUUCUUUUUAAUUACACAGUCUUGCCAAAAUCCAAACUUUGACAUCCAUCUUGAAUCUCAAGUUAUUUUUACAGAAAACACAUGCUUUAUUACACCAGUCUUUUUCAGAAAUCUAUGAAAUGUUGUAUUUAUGGAAAACUUUGUCCAUACAUCUUCUAAAAAUAAAACUCUGAUGGAUCCAAAUGUAACAACUGCUUCAUUGUAUGUGAAUUAAUACAUUUGAAACUUUAUGCAGAUCAGAUAAUAUUUCUAAGCAAAACUGUUCUUUGUAACUAAAGUAAAAAAGAUAUAUGUUUUUGUCCCCAAACAACUUUUUAUUUAGAUAAAUUAUAAUAUAUGUCUGGCUGUUUUUAUCAUAACAACAGAAACCGUACCAAUUUAAAUGCACCAGAUGCACAUUUCGACAAUAAACGUCUCUUCAGUUAUGCUUGAGGCCAAAAUAUUUGAAAAUCCAAAAAUUAUUAAAUAAAAAGUUGAUUAAAAAGUAAAGUCAACGCCAGGCAAGGAAUCAGAACUUUGCAUGAGGGAGAUAUAUUCCUAAUUAAUUUAAAAGAAUUUCAAAAAUUUGUUACAGCAAAUUUUAAUAACACAAUAUCCGUAUUUUCACGCCAGUACCGAAGUACUGGCUGCUGGGCUGGUGAUACCCUAGGGGACUAACAGUCCACAGCAUAUGUAUCUACCAUUAGUAGUACUAACAUAAACGGUACUAAUUUUACUGAACAUUCCAAAUCAAACAUACAGGGAUUUUAAUAUCCAUUUCUUUUAAGGAUAAACAUCUGAAAUAAAGAUUGGGAAAACGACAAGUCCACAACCAGAAUAAAAAUUAUUUUAAAUAUCCAUAUCUCUUGACAAUAAAUUUCUUGAAAAUGAAUUUACCUUACAGAAAUAGUUUAAUUUUAAAGUACUUAAAUACCUAUAUUUAUCUGUAGUCUACUCUAGGUUUUGUUAAUCUGAUAUAAGUAGGAUUGGAGUGUAUAUGCUCAUUUAUAUAUGUACACUAACAUACAAAAUGAUAUUGAUUGAUGCCAAAUAAUUUCAGGAAACAAAUUUUGAAUCAAAACAUUCCUUUUAUACAGCAUUUAAAACAUUUUUAUUGAAAAGAUACUGAUUUGUUUAUAUUGAUUAAAAGAGAUCUGAAAUGUAAAUAAACCUUGAAAUGAAUUUAGAACACUUCCAUUUUAUAUAGAAAAAGUUUUUUAUAUUUGUUUUGUUAAUGUCUUUCUGAACUAACGUUUUAGGAAAUAGAUUGGAUAGUGUGUUAUUUCAAGAAGUAUUUAAUUUGAUAAAGUGAAAUCAUUAUGUAUGAAUAACCAGUUUUUUUUAAUAAAAUGUGUAGAAAAAUGACUAAUGCUAAUAUUGAUCUUUCUGUAAUAUAAUAAAGUCUGUAACCUAAA